CCACUACCUAUAGAGAGAAACAUCAAAGAUUCUUCUUUGCUUUGUUGAACGUCUUUCUCGUGAGUAUAGUCUCAGACGUGUGUCUGCAACACCCCCCCACCGCCCCACGCCACCCUACCCCCACCUGGGACCACUCCAUUUUCUCUUCUUCUCAUAUACACACACACAGAGACAGAGAGAGAAAGAGAAAGCGCGCGUGUGUGAGAGAGAAAAAGAGAACAACAACAACAAAAUCAUGAUGUGGGAAGCUGGAGAAUCACCAGCAUCUUCCUCCGCCGGUGCCGGAGCCGGUGGAAGUGGAGGUGCCGGAGUUGGUAUACCGGAAAGUGGUGGUGGUGGGAGGAGGAAACCAUCAUGGAGAGAAAGAGAGAAUAACAGGAGAAGAGAGAGAAGGAGGAGAGCUGUAGCUGCUAAGAUUUAUACUGGUUUAAGAGCUCAAGGAAACUAUAAUCUUCCUAAACACUGUGAUAACAAUGAAGUUCUUAAAGCUCUUUGUACUGAAGCUGGUUGGAUCGUUGAACCUGAUGGUACCACUUAUCGCAAGGGAUGCAAGCCAACCCCGAUGGAGAUUGGAGGCACUUCAACAAACAUCACACCAAGUUCUUCACGGCAUCCAAGUCCCCCAUCAUCAUACUUUGCUAGUCCAAUUCCGUCUUAUCAGCCGAGUCCAACUUCCUCUUCUUUCCCCAGUCCAUCCCGUGCUGAUGCUAACAUGUCAUCACACCCAUAUUCUUUUCUCCAUAAUGUCAUUCCUUCAUCCCUUCCUCCAUUACGAAUAUCAAACAGUGCCCCUGUAACUCCACCUCUUUCAUCACCAACUAGGCAUCCUAAGCAAACAUUCAAUUUAGAGACUUUGGCCAAAGAAUCAAUGUUUGCUUUAAACAUCCCUUUCUUUGCUGCUUCAGCCCCAGCAAGCCCAACUAGGGGUCAGCGUUUUACUCCUCCAACUAUACCCGAGUGUGAUGAAUCUGACUCAUCUACCAUUGAUUCAGGCCAGUGGAUCAACUUUCAAAAGUACGCGGCAAAUGUUCCACCUUCUCCAACAUUUAAUCUUGUAAAACCUGUGCCUCAGCCACUUCGUCCUAAUGAUAUGAUCACAGACAAGGGUAAGAGCAUAGACUUCGACUUUGAAAAUGUAUCAGUCAAGGCAUGGGAAGGGGAAAGGAUUCACGAUGUAGGAUUCGAUGAUCUGGAACUCACACUUGGAAGUGGCAAUGCUCGCAUAUGAUUGAGAUUCUCUGAUUUAGUUAGCUGAUGAAUCACUUUGCAUUCCAGUGGAUUAUUUGAGCCUCAUCUGGUGAGAUAUUGCACAAACGUAGAGCUUGCAUAAAUUGCUUCUUAGGAUGGAUUGGAUUUUCUCUGUUGCUAUUUACCUUAUGUAUAACAUUCUUUCCCCUUAUUUGCUGCAAAUCCCCCUUCAAAAUUUAUACAGGUCUUAUCACAAGCAUUUCGUGUAGAUAUAUGCUUGCUUCUAUGGUCGAGAAUCACUUUCUUCAUUGUAGACUAGAUGGAGCUUCUUCACAAAUAUGAACUAUCCACAUUUGUCUAUUAUCAGAACUAGCUUCAAUUGAAGUCGUUGAUGUACCUUACAGUCUCUCUGAUGUUUUUCGUGCACAUCAUGAAGACAUGAAACGCGUUAAAGUUUAUACAUUCGAGAUUUUGUGUUGUGUCUA